CGUCAAGUGCGGAGUCACCUUGCAUAUCAUCAAAAGGGCAUGACCCUUCUUGCGAGGCUUGCGAGGUACCCGGUACCGAGGAUAUUCCCCGCCUAUUUACGGUAAGCCCUCUUGUCGAAGCUUAGAGAUGCAGGUAUAUAUCCUCAUCUUUGGACGUUGAUUAUAUCCCGUCUUCGUGUCGACGGUCUAAGUGUCGCUCGUUACGUGCUUGUUUUGAACUGCCUGGACGCAAAGAAAGCAGUGUAACAUGGAUUUCCCAAGCCAUUUUGGCUUGACCUUCACUCCCACCAUUCACACACAUGCAGAAGGACCGACACUACCGGAGAACAACAAGCCAUCUUCUUCCUUCGUUGUUGUUGUGACCGGUGCUGGCAAGGGGCUUGGAUAUCACAUCUCCCUGGCAUAUGCUCGAGCUGGCGCUACAGGAAUAUGCAUCACUAGCCGUACUCAGUCGGAUUUGGAUGCCCUUUCAAAAGAGCUCCGUUCAAUCAACCCGAAGAUCGACGUCCUGGCCGAGGCUUGCGACGCAUCCAAUCCAGAUGCAGUCAAAAGCCUAGCAGAGACCGUGGCGCGGAAGUUCAGCGGUCAGCUCGACGUCGUCAUCGCCAAUGCUGGUGUAAUCAGCAAGUAUAUUACACACGGCUCGGACAAUAAGACGGAUGAGCAGACAAAUCGCCGGCUACCUGUUGGGAUCAUCGAGGAUGACGAUUUCAAACGGGUCAUUGAUAUCAACCUUCUUGGAAGUUACUAUGUUGCCAAGUACUUCACGCCGGCCUUGCUCUCUAAAGCCAAUCCUUCGACACUUAGGGCUUAUAUUGUGAUCACAAGCAUGGCUGCUCAUGCCGCACAAAGCUCUUUCGUACCAGUUGCGUACAAUAUGAGCAAGCUUGCGAACAUUCGGAUGGCAGAACACAUGCACAAUGAUCAUUCACAGGAUGGGUUACUGGCUUUCGCGGUCCAUCCUGGAGCAGUGCUCACCCCUCAGACAGAGUUCCAUAGCACGAAGGAGGGCGACUCUUGGGACGCAUUGCUGACUGACGACAUUGGGCUUUGUGGCGGUUUCCUGACGUGGUUGACAAAGGAAAGAAGAGAAUGGCUGAGUGGAAGAUACCUCGCAGCAGCAUGGGAUGUGGACGAGCUUGAGACAAUGCAGAGUGAGAUCAUGGAACACGACAAGUUGAAAUUCACAAUGGUUGUUUGAAGUGAGUGAGUGACCUAGUCGGACGAGUCAAUAUGGGAUACUCUGUAGAUCGUGUCCAUACUGUACUGUAACAAUUCCAAGGCUGUGAAUUGGGG